ACUGCCACCUAUAUAGCUAGUCUGUGGAGAGCGGGAAGUACAUACAAAGGAGAGCAGAAGUACAAUACUUCAAGGCAAUGGCGAACACCGAGAUUCCAAACCGGCAAUUGUUCAUCGACGGCGAAUGGAGAAAGCCUUUCAACAACAAACGCAUUCCAAUAAUCAACCCCGCUACCGAGGAGAUCAUCGGCGACGUACCAGCAGCAACCGCCGAAGAUGUAGACGCCGCCGUCGAAGCUGCUCGGAAUGCGUUCUACCGUAACGGCGGCAGAGAUUGGUCCGCCGCCACCGGAGCGCACCGCGCCAAGUAUUUGAGAGCAAUAGCUGCAAAGAUUUCGGAGAAGAAAUCAGAGUUAGCAAAACUCGAAUCAAUUGAUUGCGGGAAACCCUUGGACGAAGCAAUUUGGGAUAUCGAUGAUGUUGGUGGUUGUUUCAAUUACUACGCUGAUCUUGCUGAAGCACUUGAUUCGAAGAACAAAAUCUCUGUUUCUGUUCCAAUGGAGGUAUUUCGAUGCCAUGUCCUCAAAGAACCCCUCGGAGUUGUUGGCUUGAUCACGCCAUGGAAUUACCCUCUUUUAAUGGCGACGUGGAAACUCGCCCCUGCCCUGGCCGCUGGAUGCACUGCAAUACUCAAACCAUCUGAAUUGGCAUCUAUAACUUGUUUGGAGUUAGCUGAAAUCUGUAGAGAUGUUGGUCUUCCACCUGGUGUUCUUAACGUUGUUACGGGAUUGGGGCCUGAUGCUGGGGCACCAUUAGUUUGUCAUCCUCAUGUUGACAAGAUUUCAUUUACUGGAAGCAGUGUUACUGGAAGCAAGAUCAUGGCUUCUGCGGCCCAGCUCGUCAAACCUGUUUCCCUUGAGCUUGGUGGAAAAAGCCCCAUUGUAGUGUUCGAAGAUGUCGAUCUUGAUAAAGCUGUUGAGUGGACACUCUUUGGUUGCUUUCUGACCAAUGGCCAAAUGUGCAGUGCUACUUCUCGACUCAUCAUCCAUGAAAGCAUUGCAGAGGCCUUCUUGGAGAAGCUCGUAAAAUGGUGCGAUAACAUUAAAGUCUCCGACCCUUUGGAGGAAGGUUGCAAACUCGGCCCAAUUAUCAGCAAUGCACAGUACACAAAGGUGCUUUCUUUUAUCUCGAGAGCUAAAGAAGAAGGCGCUUCGAUUUUAUGCGGCGGCGCACGGCCACAGCAUUUGGACAAAGGCUACUUCAUUUCUCCGACAAUAAUAAUGGAUGUGGAGACCUCAAUGCAAAUCUGGCGUGAGGAAGUGUUUGGUCCUGCGCUUUGCGUGAAGACAUUUGCAACUGAAGAAGAAGCCAUUGAACUUGCAAACGACACACAAUAUGGUCUUGGCGCUGCUGUAAUAUCACAAGACCUGGAAAGAUGCAAGCGCGUUUCCAAGGCUUUCCAAGCAGGUAUUGUGUGGGUGAACUGUUCCCAGCCAUGCUUCUUCCAAGCUCCCUGGGGUGGCAAGAAACGCAGUGGUUUUGGUCGGGAACUCGGAGAAUGGGGACUCGAAAAUUUCUUGAAUGUGAAACAAGUGACUGAGUUUACAGGGAAUGAUCAAUUUGGUUGGUACAAAGCCCCUCCACCAUAGCUUUGAGGUAUAUGUUGUUAUGCUUUUAGAGGGGACUUAUUGGGGGCUCUAUUUGGGAUUUUGAUGUUUAUUUUAUUUUUUAAGAUUUGUGUAACAAAUUGAUGUUUUGCUUAUUAAAAUAAAAAUGUCUAUGUUGUUAUCUAAUUUGAUUAUCUAUUCAAUACCAAAACCCUUGGUAGGCA